AUGAAGCAGGUGGCCAACAAGAAACACAGGGACGUCGAAUUUAGUGAAGGUCAUAUGGUCUAUUUAAAACUCCAACCAUACCGCCAGCAUUCAGCCUUCAACCGAGCUAUCCAGAAAUUGGCCAGCAAGUUCUAUGGACCUUACCCGAUCAUACAAAGAAUUGAUAAGGUUGCUUACAAGCUCAAAUUACCGGAAGGGGCACGUAUCCAUCCCGUGUUCCAUGUCUCCUUAUUAAAGAAGUCUCUCGGUGACCACUCCAACGCAGAUUCAGACUUGCCAACGAUCACGGAAGAAGGUGCAAUUAUCCCGAAGCCGGCACGAAUACUAGAUACACGUUGGGUUAAGCAAGGUGCUACGUUCGUGGAAGAGAGUCUAGUACAGUGGCGCCGAUUACCAAAGGAAGACGCAACCUGGGAGAAGACCGAAGACUUGAAGCAGCAGUUCCCUUCAAUGGACCUUGAGGACAACAGUCCACAGGGUGUUGAUGAGCCACGAAGGUCACGCAGGCAAGCCCAGAAGAAUCCCAAGUAUUUUGGGAGUGUACAAGGAUAA